CGUUGCAAAAAACAAAUGUACAUAAAUGUUCGGCGAAUGGUUUUGCGGUUUUAGAAAUAAUAAACAUCCUGAAGUAUCUUCAAAUGUGUCCUGGCACGUACCCCAUCGAGCUGCUGGUGAAAGGGUGGCGCACAAAACAAAGAAUGUGCAGCCCACAUUAGGGCGUAUGAGGAAGUUAUGGACAUGGUUAUAAACACGGCAUUUCACUGAUCUGUCGAACACGGCUUAUUACGAAGGAAUAUUCAGCAAUCUAUCUUCAAAAUGCCUGCAAAGAAAGUGUGCAUCGUCGGAUCUGGAAACUGGGGAUCUGCGAUAGCCAAGAUUGUUGGUGCAAAUGCAAAGGGGUCCAACAGGUUUAACCCCCUCGUCAACAUGUGGGUGUUCGAAGAGAUUAUCGAUGGGAGGAAAUUAACAGAAAUCAUCAAUACAGAGCAUGAAAAUGUCAAAUACCUACCAGGUCACAAAAUCCCCAAAAAUGUGGUUGCUGUACCGGAAAUCACAGAAGCUGUGAAAGGGGCCAGCAUCCUGAUUUUUGUCAUUCCACAUCAGUUCAUCGGGAGGCUUUGUGACCAGAUGAAACCUCACAUUACACAGGGGGUUAUUGGGAUAUCCCUCAUAAAAGGUAUUGAUGAAGGCCCAGAUGGCUUGAAGCUCAUCUCUGACAUCAUCCGAGAAAAACUAGAAAUCGACGUCAGUGUCCUGAUGGGUGCUAACAUUGCCAGUGAGGUUGCUGAUGAGAAGUUCUGCGAGACCACCAUUGGGGCUAAGAAUGAAGCAAAUGGACACAUCUUCAAAGAGCUGCUGCAGACUCCUAACUUCCGGAUCACCGUGGUGCAGGAGAGUGACACUGUAGAACUUUGUGGGGCUCUCAAGAACAUUGUUGCGGUUGGUGCUGGGUUCUGUGACGGUCUGGGUUUUGGGGACAACACCAAGGCUGCGGUGAUCCGACUGGGUCUGAUGGAGAUGAUCGCCUUCUCCAAGAUGUUCUGUAACGGUCAUGUGACCUCUGUGACGUUCCUGGAGAGUUGCGGGGUCGCCGACCUGAUCACCACCUGCUACGGGGGACGGAAUCGCAAGGUGGCAGAGGCCUUUGUCAAAACAUCCAAGACUAUCGAAGAACUUGAGGCUGAAAUGCUCAACGGCCAGAAGCUGCAGGGCCCUCAAACCUCAGCUGAGGUGUACAAACUCCUGAAGAAAAAAGAUUUGACCAGCAAGUUUCCAUUGUUUGCCUCCGUGUAUCAGAUCUGCUUUGAGGGCAAAGCAGUGCAGGACUUCAUCAACUGUCUUCAGGACCACCCUGAGCACUUGUGAACACAGGAACCUGAAUCCAGAACCUGCUGCUUGGUGCUGGUUGAAGUUGCACUUUAGAAACUGUCUUUGGGUCUGUUUACCCCUUAAUGGUUAAGGUUUGGAAUGGGAAAGUGGCAGCUGAUCCUAGAUGUGUGCAUAGAGGAAACUUCAUCCUGGAACCACUUCAUUCCAGCAGAGGGCAUCAGUGUUGCAUAUAGUCAAAAUCAGUUUUAUAAACGCAACAAAGGGAACCGUAAUCACUAAAUAUUCCUUAACAUUUCUACAGGACCACUACACAGUGUUUGAUUGCAUAUAUGUGUUUUUUUUGAUUUGGUGUAUGUUCAUCAGCUUAAGCGCACAUUAACACUUUUUAUUAAACUGAGAAAAAGUAUACAUUUUACAAUGUUGGAUUAAUUUUGUAUACAUUAGAGAUGUCUUAAUUUUGCCUCCCUGGGACACGUCCACUCUAACUGUAAAGAAGCUGUGACUUAAUGUCACUUGCAAUAUUAACUUAGAAACCAUUUCAGAUGAUAACAAUAAAACAAUUAGCGGUGAUGUUGUUAAGAUGAAGAGAUAAAAACACGUGAACUUGA